CUCCACAUGCUCCUUUGUCUGUGCGUGACCUGAUUUUCAAAGCACACAGAAGCCAACCAACACAGCUUACACCAUGGGCCUGGGGAGUUCUCAUCCUAAGCCGUUCCCAGGAGACAUCCUGGAGUUUCCUCGGAAUAAAUACUUCUCUCAUUUCGGAAUUUACUACGGAGAGAGAGAUGGAGUGCCCUACGUAGCACAUCUUACCUGCAGAGACUCGGAGACGAAGCUCCUGCUUUUUGGCCGAGCCCUGAAGUCAGAGGUCAAACUGGACCCAGUGGAGGUGGUGGGACAGAGAUACAAGGUGAGGAACAUGCUGGAUGAGGUCCAUCAUCCCAGGGACUUCUACUCUGUGGUGAAGCCUGCUAUAGACGAUAUGAUGGGUAAGGAUAUCACCUUCGACAUCUUGUUCCAUAACUCUGAACACCAGGCCACGCUCUUCAGAUACGGACUCAAGAAAUCUACACAGAUUGAGAAGGUCUACAUCCAGAUCCUGCCCACCUGGAAGGAGCUGUUUAAGAAGACGAAGUUGUAACAAUGACUACAACAGAGGCUGUGUUCUAGAACUCUGCCUACAGUCUGACCCCCCCCCCCCUCUCCCUGGACCUCAUGUUGGGCCACCAUCUUUCUUACACCAGUACAUUAAUUUUAAAUCCUUGAGAGAGAAUCACCUGUCGUUCUACUCCUCACCAGCAAAGGGAAGCAAAACAACUACCAUCCUGAAGUCUGGCCAGUUAACUUUCUGUUUCGCUACACUGUGGUGAGGAUGGUGUGGAUCAGCCUACGGAUUCCUGCUAAUGAGGAACAACAAGGAGAAUCAUAGUAGAUCAUAGCAGAUUGGAAUGUAUAGUUAAAAUAAUACUUCACUCCAGUGUAGUGUACAACUCCAGUGUAGUGUAUAA